AUGACAACAUCUUCUUCUUCUCUGGUUGCAGCUGCUCUGCUCAUUUCGGUGGCCUGCUUCAUUGCAGCGACGAGCAAUUACUACGUUGAGGCGGCGGACCCGCCGCUGGUGCAAGGGAUGUCGUGGAGCUUCUACACCUCCACCUGCCCGAAGCUGGAAUCCAUCGUCAAGGCACGGCUCCAGGAGGUGUUCAAGAAGGACAUCGGCCAGGCUGCCGGCUUGCUCCGACUCCACUUCCACGACUGCUUCGUUCAAGGAUGUGAUGGGUCGGUGUUGCUGACUGGAUCCGCCGGCGGGCCCAGCGAGGAGCAAGGUGCCCCGCCCAACCUCAGCCUCCGACAGGAAGCCUUCCGCAUCAUUGAGGACCUCCGAGCCCGCGUCCACAAGGAAUGCGGCCGCGUCGUCUCCUGCUCUGACAUCCUCGCCUCUGGUGGGCCCAGCUACAAAGUCCCCCUGGGCCGACGCGACGGCCUAACCCUCGCCACACGCGCCGCCACCCUCGCCAACCUCCCACCUCCGACGUCCACCACCGGCCAGCUCCUCACCGCCCUGGCACCAAAAAACCUCGACCCCACCGACGUCGUCGCCCUCUCCGGCGGCCACACCAUCGGGAUCAGCCACUGCUCGUCCUUCACGCGCCGCCUCUACCCGGCCCAGGACGCCACCAUGGACCAGACCUUCGCCGGCAACCUCAAGGCCGCCUGCCCGCAGGCCGCCACCGUCGACGGCACCGUCAACAUGGACAUCCGCUCCCCCAACGUGUUCGACAACAAGUUCUACGUCGACCUGAUGAACCGGCAGGGGCUUUUCACCUCCGACCAGGAUCUUUACACGGACUCGAGGACCAGAGGGAUCGUGACCGGUUUCGCCGUUAACCAGUCGCUGUUCUACGAGAAGUUCGCGGUGGCGAUGGUCAAAAUGGGACAGCUCAGCGUGUUGACCGGGUCGCAGGGCGAGAUUCGCGGGAAUUGUUCGAGGAGGAGCACUGGGGUGGAAUCGGUGCUGGAGUCUGCUGUGGAGGAAGCUGUCGAGAUCCUCGCAGGGUUUUGAGGAGGAAGCUGUCUGAUUAGUACGAGUUGAUAUCGUUGGAUUGGAUUCGAUCUACGGUAGUGAGAGGCUUUCAUAUCGUAGUAAUCGAAGUUGGUUUGAAGAAAGAAAGAAAGAAAUAAUUAGUUUUAAUUA